AUGGACGCCGACCUUUUCCAUGCUCUGGAGAGGGUGCUGACGAGAGCCCGACGUGAUCCCAGUGGUAUCAUCGACCGAGUCAGCACAGUCAUCGAGCAGCUGCGGCGUGGCAAUCACAUCCAACCUACACGAGCGGAGAAAAGGGCGUGGAAGGCGAAGCUGCGCAGAGAAACAGCUCCGCAUCACGCCCCAAAGGCACCACGUACGUGGGCGGAUGUUGCAAAAGACGGAGGGCACCACACCCAGCCAGAGAAGCCCAGUGCCAAAGGCAAAGGAAAGGGCAAGGGCAAAGAUUCGCCAAGGGUCACGCCCGCGCCCCAUCGCGACCAGGGCAAGCCAGUCAAUCGCCAGCCGGAUGCCGACGUGCAGGGCUGGAGACUGGACCCCGGCAUCUUCGGCGUUGUCACCUUCGGCAAAUUCAAGCACAUGCUGGAAAAGCAGCUUGACGUGUCCCAGGUCAAAUACAUCGUCGCGCGGAACGUUUUGGAUGUGGAAAAACUCCAAAACGCGGCCACCCUCUUCGAUUACAAGGCCAAGGCGAAGCAAGCUGUGAUCCUUGUUGCGAUUCCCGAUGGCGAGGCGUACGACGUGAAGCAGGUCGUGAACCUUCCGGCGACGGACGAAGGAGAAAGAUGCAACGCUGGAGUGUUCACAAGCUCGACGAGCACUUUCACGGCGCCGCAGCGCGAGUUGCAUACCAUCCGGGCAACCAUCCCGCAGGAUUUCAUCGACUCGCCAUCGUACGAGGUUGCAAAGGCCGGGCCGCAUGACUACACCGUCCGCUACUUGGGCAUCAAGCUUCAUAGCUCGGAAAAUUGGCGCAGAUUCACCGACAAGGACGAGGAAUGUCUCGUGGGCUAUCUGAAGCUGGAGACGAAAGACGUGACAGCGGCACUCAAGCUCAGUGGCAAGGCCGGCAUUUUCUUGGACGGGCUGGCAAAGAAUCGCACGGAGCAUGCUCCGGCAGUCAAAUGGGUGGACCGUGAGGAUCGACCUGGCACGGUCUACUUGAAGGAGGUGCGCAAGUUGGCGAACGGAGCCCCGCUUGCGUACCGACGAGGAGGCGGCCGCGCUCUUGGAUGGCGACUCCCACGUGGAGAAGAGAUCAAAGACACAUUCACGUGGCGAGUGAAGGGUGUCCCUGGUUACUGGCUGGAGGAGGACGUGAUCGCUGCUCUCGAAGGCGCCAACUUCACGGACAUCUCCGUCACCUCGCGUGGAGAAUGGAAGCGGCCAUGGUUGGUCAAGAUGGACCAGGUGGAGAAGAGUGGCGAGCGCCUCAACACUCUGUCCGUCCGCGCCGGCAACGUGGUCCUGCUGUUGGAGCGUACGGCGUCACGAAGGCAAGCUGCUGCGCAGUCUUUCGCUGUCCCUGCCAAGUCGAAGAGCAAGUCGUCGGAGGCGGGAAAGCCCAAGGAGACCACGAGACGCCCGUUGGACAACGCCGCCGAUGCUGACAUGCUCGGAGGAGACGCCGAGGAGACCGAUCAGAAAAGGCGCAAACUGACUGCGCAGUCGCCCCCUGCCAAUGGGCCGACGACAGGGGACUGGUUCGAGCUCGUCGAGUGCGGCGAUGCCGGCCAUUGUUUUUACAAUGUCAUCGCCGCUGGCUAUGCGAUCAGCGAAGGCGAGGACAUGGCCACCUUCAAGAAAGCGAUCCCCGGACGCGGAAAGGGCUUGCGGAAAACGAUUGCGGAGACGGUUGAAAAGCAUCCUGAUGAUUACAGACAGUGGUGGGAACCCCCGAAGGAGCUCACCGGCACUGAUGCGGAAAAGAAGUCACAACACGAAGAGCGCAUCAAACAGGAGGACGGAGAGCCGGCCACGGAUUUCGAGGGCUACAUCCGAACCCUAUGGCGACCGAACCGCUGGGCAGAUGAAAUUGCUUGGCGUGUGGCUGCGGAGAAGCUCCAGACCAUCAUCGUAGCUUGCCACGGCGACCCGGGAAAGGCCACGCAUUUCACGGCCAUCGGCAACCCCAAGGCCAUGGGGACCAUUUUCAUUUGCUAUGAGGCUGGUCACUUUACGCUAGUUCGCCCGAGGGCUGGCAGAGACUACCCCGCUGAGUGGCAGAAGUACGGCAGAGAAAACUUGGAGAUGGAAGUUAGCGUGCCUCGUGGCGGAGGCACUACGGCCUGUAACGACGAUGAUGGAAGCGUCCGCACCAGCAGGUCGUGGCUUGCGCCUAGCGAGCCCCAGGACAACAGGUCAGUUCGCACGAGCAUCUCGUGGAUGCAGCCGGAGCCUCCGGUGCAGAGUCCCAGAUAUGAACCUGUUGCGAUCUCUGGGGGUGCCACGGCGCUCUCCCAGCCCAGCGCGGCUCCGUCAGACGUCCCUGCCGGAGACUGCGAAAGGCCGGAGCACCGUCCAGAGACGCAAAGGGCCAACACCGAGGACAGCGAUGCUCAGACUGAGGCUGCUAGUCUGGCAAGUCUGGGGGAUGUUCAAACGCAGAUUUCUUGGCUCCCCAAGCAUGAGGCCGGCAGCAUGCGGACAACUAGGCGGAGGCUCAGUGGCAAGCAGGCGCGCAUACGGCCAGACGCUCGCCAGACUCACGGUGCUAAGACUUUCACUCUGCAUGAGCUGCCCGCGGUUCCUGUUGUCUGCGUUUUACGGGCACUACGUGCUGAGGGUGCUAAGCAACGCAAGAUGUCAAUCCCUGAAGUCAUCGCCGACAUUCGGAGGUUGGGAGGCACUGCAUGA